AUCAAAGGGCGAAUCGUAAAGAAAUAGUUCCAGCAGUCGCUUGCCUCCUUGGAAGAAAAAAAAAAGCACACCGCGCAAAAUAAUCUCGACCCAGUAUUUAGAAUAAUCUCUCCUCCUUGACUACAAAAGCUACUCUACUUUUAAGGGGGGACUGCGGUCGUUGAGGCUGUUCUCGGUAGAUCCUCGCCUUCUUGUGAGGCGUAUCCUUCCGCUACUAGAAGGUCCAGGACCCCGUUUCCGGAGUGUUUCUCUCCUGAGCUGUUUCCGCCGCCAUUGCGGGUUUCCGAGAGUUGAGAGCUGCGGCCGCUUGCUCUUCAUUCAGGGGGACGAAAAAACAAAUCCCAAGCGCCAAGUUUACACCCUACGGGCGGGCAGAAUUGACACACGCGUUGACGCCCCCGAAAAUUUCGACAUUACAGCAACGAGAAGGCUCCCUGUCAAGCCCCGCUUUCGGACCCUCCUGUGGCUGCGUCCUCUUCGGACCUGAGUGAAGAAGCUGUAGCGAAGAGCACGGAGAUUUCAGGAGGAGUGAGUGAGCGAGCAGAGAGAGGAACCGCCAUGGCUCAGAUCCUGCCUAUCCGCUUCCAGGAGCACCUGCAGCUCCAAAACCUGGGUAUCAACCCAGCAAACAUUGGGUUCAGCACCCUAACUAUGGAGUCGGACAAGUUCAUCUGCAUCCGGGAAAAAGUCGGGGAGCAGGCGCAGGUGGUCAUCAUCGACAUGAACGAUCCCAACAACCCAAUUCGCCGUCCUAUCUCCGCUGACAGUGCCAUCAUGAACCCUGCCAGCAAAGUCAUCGCAUUGAAAGACGCUGCAAAGACCCUUCAGAUUUUUAACAUUGAGAUGAAGAGCAAGAUGAAGGCCCACACCAUGACAGAUGAUGUCACCUUUUGGAAGUGGAUCUCUCUGAACACGGUUGCACUAGUGACAGACAAUGCCGUCUAUCACUGGAGCAUGGAGGGAGACUCCCAGCCAGUUAAAGUCUUCGAUCGGCACUCGAGUCUUGCAGGCUGCCAGAUAAUCAACUACCGCACUGAUGCCAAGCAGAAGUGGCUCCUGCUCAUUGGCAUUUCUGCACAGCAAAACCGUGUUGUGGGAGCGAUGCAGCUUUACUCCGUGGAUAGGAAGGUUUCCCAGCCCAUUGAGGGACAUGCAGCUGGCUUUGCUCAGUUUAAAAUGGAAGGAAACGCUGAAGAAUCCACCCUGUUUUGCUUUGCUGUGCGAGGUCAAGCGGGAGGAAAGUUGCACAUCAUUGAAGUUGGAACACCACCUACGGGGAAUCAGCCAUUUCCAAAGAAAGCAGUGGAUGUGUUCUUCCCUCCAGAGGCACAGAAUGACUUUCCUGUUGCAAUGCAGAUAAGUGCCAAACAAGAUGUUGUAUUUCUCAUUACCAAAUAUGGAUAUAUCCACCUUUAUGACUUGGAAACCGGCACCUGCAUUUAUAUGAACAGGAUCAGUGGAGAGACCAUCUUUGUUACAGCCCCACAUGAAGCAACAUCUGGCAUCAUUGGUGUCAACAGGAAAGGACAGGUGUUGUCCGUGUGUGUUGAGGAGGAGAACAUCAUCCCGUACAUCACCAACGUCCUGCAGAACCCUGACCUUGCUCUUCGCAUGGCUGUUCGCAAUAACCUGGCCGGGGCAGAAGAGCUUUUUGCCCGCAAGUUCAACAACCUCUUUGCUGGAGGCAACUACUCAGAGGCUGCAAAAGUAGCAGCAAAUGCACCAAAGGGAAUUUUGCGUACUCCAGACACUAUUCGCCGAUUCCAAAGCGUUCCUGCCCAGCCUGGACAGACUUCUCCUCUGCUCCAGUAUUUUGGGAUCCUGUUAGACCAGGGGCAGCUUAACAAGUUUGAGUCUCUGGAGCUGUGUCGACCUGUCCUGCAACAGGGCCGCAAACAACUGCUGGAAAAAUGGCUGAAGGAGGACAAGCUGGAGUGCUCAGAGGAGCUGGGGGAUCUUGUGAAGUCAGUGGACCCGACUCUCGCCCUCAGUGUCUACCUGAGGGCAAAUGUUCCUAAUAAGGUCAUCCAGUGCUUUGCGGAGACUGGGCAGUUCCAGAAGAUUGUUCUGUAUGCUAAGAAGGUCGGAUAUACUCCUGAUUGGAUUUUCCUGCUGAGGAAUGUAAUGAGGAUCAGCCCAGAACAAGGACUGCAGUUCUCUCAGAUGCUGGUCCAGGAUGAGGAACCUUUGGCUGACAUCACACAGAUUGUGGACGUGUUCAUGGAAUACAACCUUAUCCAGCAAUGCACUUCCUUCCUGCUUGAUGCCCUGAAGAACAAUCGGCCAUCUGAGGGCCCACUCCAGACCCGACUGCUGGAAAUGAACCUCAUGCACGCACCACAGGUGGCGGAUGCUAUUCUAGGUAACCAGAUGUUCACUCACUAUGAUCGGGCCCACAUUGCCCAGCUGUGCGAGAAAGCUGGCCUGUUACAGCGAGCCCUGGAACACUACACAGACCUGUAUGAUAUCAAACGAGCUGUAGUUCACACUCAUCUUCUCAAUCCUGAGUGGUUGGUGAAUUUCUUUGGAUCACUUUCUGUUGAGGACUCCCUGGAGUGCCUGAGGGCAAUGCUGUCUGCUAAUAUUCGGCAGAACCUGCAAAUCUGUGUUCAGGUAGCAUCUAAAUACCAUGAGCAGCUCUCCACUCAGUCACUGAUUGAGCUCUUUGAGUCCUUCAAGAGUUUUGAAGGUCUAUUUUACUUCCUGGGCUCUAUUGUGAACUUCAGUCAGGACCCAGAAGUUCAUUUUAAAUACAUUCAGGCAGCUUGUAAGACUGGACAAAUCAAAGAGGUGGAGAGAAUCUGCAGGGAAAGUAAUUGCUAUGAUCCUGAGCGUGUUAAGAACUUCUUGAAGGAGGCCAAGCUAACUGACCAACUUCCACUGAUCAUUGUGUGUGACCGCUUUGACUUCGUCCAUGAUUUGGUUCUCUAUCUGUACAGAAACAACCUGCAAAAAUACAUUGAGAUCUAUGUGCAAAAGGUGAACCCCAGCCGUCUGCCUGUGGUUAUUGGUGGGCUUUUGGAUGUGGAUUGCUCGGAGGAUGUCAUUAAAAAUCUUAUUCUGGUUGUGAGGGGUCAGUUCUCAACUGAUGAGCUGGUGGCUGAAGUUGAAAAACGAAACAGACUAAAGCUGCUCCUGCCCUGGUUGGAAGCCCGCAUUCAUGAAGGCUGUGAAGAACCUGCAACCCAUAACGCUUUGGCCAAAAUCUACAUUGACAGCAACAAUAACCCAGAGCGCUUUCUUCGCGAGAACCCUUACUAUGACAGCCGUGUGGUAGGCAAAUAUUGUGAGAAGAGAGAUCCUCACCUGGCUUGUGUGGCUUAUGAGCGAGGACAGUGCGACCAGGAACUCAUCCAUGUUUGCAAUGAGAACUCCCUCUUCAAGAGUCUGUCCCGCUACCUUGUUCGCCGCAAGGAUCCUGAGCUGUGGGCCAGUGUGCUAUUAGAGAGCAACCCAUACAGGAGGCCUCUUAUUGAUCAGGUUGUGCAGACUGCACUGUCUGAGACACAAGACCCGGAGGAGGUCUCGGUUACAGUCAAGGCCUUCAUGACUGCAGAUCUUCCUAAUGAGCUCAUUGAGCUGCUGGAGAAAAUCGUUUUGGACAACUCUGUAUUCAGUGAGCACAGAAAUCUGCAGAACCUCCUCAUCCUCACAGCCAUCAAAGCAGACCGAACUCGUGUGAUGGAGUAUAUCAAUCGGCUGGACAAUUAUGAUGCCCCUGACAUUGCUAACAUUGCUAUUAGCAAUGAGCUCUUCGAAGAAGCCUUUGCCAUCUUCCGGAAGUUUGACGUUAACACUUCUGCAGUUCAAGUGCUAAUUGAGCAUAUUGGGAACCUAGAUCGUGCCUAUGAGUUCGCCGAACGCUGCAAUGAGCCGGCUGUGUGGAGCCAGCUUGCUAAAGCCCAGCUGCAGAAGGGUUUGGUUAAGGAAGCGAUCGACUCCUACAUUAAAGCAGAUGAUCCCUCAGCAUACAUGGAGGUUGUGCAGGCAGCUGAUCAGAGUGGAAACUGGGAGGACCUUGUGAAGUUCUUACAGAUGGCUCGCAAGAAAGCCAGGGAGUCCUACGUGGAGACUGAGCUAAUCUUCGCAUUGGCAAAAACCAAUCGUUUGGCAGAGCUGGAGGAGUUCAUAAACGGGCCCAAUAAUGCUCACAUCCAGCAAGUUGGGGACCGGUGCUAUGACGAAAAAAUGUAUGAUGCAGCCAAACUGCUGUAUAACAAUGUUUCCAACUUUGGACGCCUGGCUUCAACCCUGGUUCAUCUAGGAGAGUACCAGGCUGCUGUUGAUGGGGCCCGCAAGGCUAAUAGCACUCGCACAUGGAAGGAGGUUUGCUUUGCUUGUGUUGAUGGUAAGGAGUUCCGUCUGGCCCAGAUGUGUGGUCUUCACAUUGUUGUUCAUGCUGAUGAACUGGAAGAGCUGAUCAACUACUACCAGGACCGUGGCUACUUUGAGGAGCUCAUCACCAUGCUGGAAGCAGCCCUUGGUUUGGAGCGAGCUCAUAUGGGAAUGUUUACAGAACUCGCAAUCCUCUACUCCAAAUUUAAGCCACAGAAGAUGAGGGAACACCUGGAACUCUUCUGGUCCAGGGUCAAUAUUCCAAAGGUUCUGAGGGCUGCAGAGCAGGCUCAUCUUUGGGCUGAAUUGGUAUUCCUGUAUGACAAAUACGAAGAGUAUGACAAUGCUAUCAUCACCAUGAUGAACCAUCCAACAGAUGCUUGGAAAGAGGGACAAUUUAAAGACAUCAUUACCAAGGUGGCCAAUGUUGAGCUGUAUUACAAAGCAAUCCAGUUUUACUUGGAGUUCAAACCAUUGUUACUGAAUGAUCUGCUUAUGGUGCUGUCUCCCCGCCUCGAUCACACUCGUGCUGUCAACUUUUUCACCAAGGUUAAACAGCUUCCGCUGGUUAAACCAUACCUGCGAUCUGUACAGAACCACAACAACAAAGCAGUUAAUGAAGCACUUAACAAUCUCUUCAUCACAGAGGAAGAUUAUCAGGCUCUCCGUACAUCCAUAGAUGCUUAUGACAACUUUGACAACAUUUCUCUGGCUCAGCGCCUUGAGAAGCAUGAACUCAUUGAAUUCAGGAGAAUCGCUGCGUACCUCUUCAAAGGCAACAAUCGCUGGAAACAAAGCGUGGAGCUUUGCAAGAAGGACAAACUGUACAAGGAUGCUAUGCAGUACGCUUCAGAAUCGAAGGACACAGAACUGGCAGAGGAGCUGCUACAGUGGUUCCUGCUGGAGGGGAAGAAGGAAUGCUUUGCUGCUUGCCUCUUCACCUGUUAUGACCUGCUGAGGCCUGACGUGGUCUUGGAAACUGCGUGGAGGCACAACAUCAUGGACUUCUCCAUGCCCUACUUCAUCCAGGUCAUGAGGGAGUACCUGUCUAAGGUUGAUGCAAUUAAGGAAAAGGUCGAUAAGCUUGAUGCCUCCGAGUCUCUGAGGAAAGAGGAGGAACAAGCAACGGAGACGCAACCCAUUGUUUAUGGCACACCUCAGCUCAUGCUAACUGCAGGACCCAGUGUCGCUGUUCCUCCACAGCAGGCCUAUGGCUACGGCUACACAGCGCCCGCGGCCUAUGGGCAGGCCCCUCCCCAGCCUGGCUUCGGCUAUGGCAUGUAACGCACUUGGCCUGGCAUUGUCCACCUCUCUCUCCUAUGAAAUUUCCACCAGCUCAUUAUGGUCUUCGACUCACAACAGGGGAUACAAACAAGCAAAGUUAUUCUUUUUUUUUUUGUUUGUUUUGUUUUAAACUGUCAUGAAGGACUCCAUUUUUGUUAAUUGGAUCAGUUUAUUUUUCCACAUUCCAUAUUUACUAGAAUCAUUUUUUGUCUCGUUUUUAUUUUAAAGGGGAAUGGUUUGUUUGUAAAAGUGGGCUUGUAAAAGGCGAGUCUGCUUCUUAAUUAAAAUCUGUUGUGAAGCAUCUGAUUUGCACUCUGUAGUGAGAAGAAACUAAUGUAGAGUCUCUUAAUUUUGAUGUAUGUGAGCAGCUUGUUCUGUCUGUCUGUAAAUGCAUUUAAUUAUUGUAUAUUCAGAAAAGCUACAAUGUUCUUAAUAUUUGAACAUAUGACUGCCGCUUCCAUGACUACAAACAAGAAACACUAAAGUAAUAACCAUAUAUAUAUUCUACACAAUUGUGUAGCUCUCUCUAAAUUUUACUUUAAAUGCAUACAGACAUGAUUUAAAAGUAAGAAUUUUAAUCCUUCCCAGCCUAUGCAGGUUCUCCAAUUAACCGUGUAGAAAUUUAGUGUCUUUUUGUUCACUCCAUGUAUAACAGAUGACCUUUUGUUGUGCUGUAUACAGUGCUCUUGUGUGGGACCAUUCCAUUUUUGAGGAGGGAAGAAAAAAACAAUUAUUCUGACCUGUGUGUUACUUACUAACCCCUUCCUUGUGCUGAGGUUUGUGUAUGCUGGAUAUCGUGGUGUUCUAGGUCACUGUUUUGAGUGUACAGAAGAGAGAAUUUAAAACCUCAAAACCUUGUUGUCCUGUUGGUUUUGUUUGUGCAAUUUGCAUUAUCAUCAAAUUGAGAAUAAAAUUACAGGACUGUGGUAAUAUGGUGUCCUUUAUUAUAUGCGUAAAUGUUUAAAAUAUCAGACUUGACUCCCUAUCCUAAAAGACAACCCCCCCACUUCCAAAAUAUUGAAAUUGUUGUGCACCUAAAAAUAUAUUGAAGAUUAAACUCUGGAUUUACAUGGCAGUUCUUUUCCACAUAAAAUAAAGGCUUCUUGAUGGUCAAGAA